AACAUGAAAGAAGUGGAUAAUGUUGUUGGAGCGCGCGCUCUCUUUUAUGCCAUGCUGGGCCAGAGGCUCAGGCAGACAUGCAUGCACUCAUAUCCGGGUUAGAGAGGAAAGGGAAAAAAGUUUCAUUUAAACCUGAACAAAAAGUUUCAAUAAGAAAUCACACCUCAGCGGCAGACACAGGCAGUGAGACAUUACCAGGUUUUUAUUUGUUUUAUUUUAUUAUCUCAGCUAGAACUUUACGAUUGCAAAGUUUUAGUUUUUUCUUGAUUUUUGUUUUGUUUCUGUUUGCAUGAGUGAUUAAAUGAAAACAUUGAAAUGAAAUGUCAGCGCAAGUAGCUGCAGCUCCAGCGACUUCAAACAAUAAAAACGCGAGUUUAUCAAGCAGUUUAAGCCGGGAUUUAGACUGUGAAAUCAGGCGCAGGACCGAGAUCUGGAUCAAUGCUGCUGGGAGUUGGAGAUGGGACUAGUACUAAUAUGAAUAAUGUAGAUCACCAUUAUCAUGGAAUGAACACGACCAAUACAACGUCUGCUGCUGCUUCUACAAAUACAAACUCAGACCCGAGAGAGAAAGCAGGUAGGAAUAAUCAUAAUAAUCACCAUCAUCCAGCUCUGUCUGCUGCUGCUUCGAGUAUGGAGACGGGUUUGAUAGCGAAUCAUACACAGAAACAUGUUGGUGUCGGAGAUCCCCCUCCUCCGGCUCACCGCCAUAUACCAGCACCGCCGCCGCAGCAGCAGCAACAGCAAUUUAAUCAAUUUCAGCAGCACCGUCCACAUCAAUUUCAGAAUAGCAGCAGCCAGACACAGGCACAAGCCGAACCAGAGAACAAGCAGCAUCGAGGGAAAGACAAUAUUCUGGGAAGUCAGGUCGCGCAGCAGCAGCAAAUGCUGAAUAAAAGUGAGGAGGAAGCAGAGGAGCUGCCCUGCAAACCGGCGGAUCAGAUGGGCAGCAAGUACGAGCAAGCCAGCUUGGGACCCCCGAACAACAACACCAACAACCAACAAAGUAGCGCAGGGAGCAGCGCUGUUUCAGAGUGUCAUCGCUAUUAUGGCAAUGCGAGAGGGGGGCCUCGCUUUGAUCAACAUGGCGGACAACAAAGCCCUGGGAUGGGGGUGAUGCAUCCUUCAGCUCCCAGCAGCAUGUAUUCCUCGCAAAACUCCCACGAAGCUUACCAGAACAGCCAGUACAACCACUACCCGAACUACAGACCGGGCUACGGCACGAUGAGCUCUCCAAGGCAGGGCAAUAGCAUGGGCCCGGGCAGUAAUACUAUUACUGCUGCUGCUGGCAGUCAUCAUGGCAAAGCGACUGCUAUGGCUGCUGCUGCUCAUAGUAAUGUUGGUGGGUUUCACAGAUUUCCAGGACAAAGCCAGCACCCUUCAGGGGCGACCCCGACGCUGAACCAGCUCCUGACGGCCCCCAGCGCAAUGAUGAGGGGCUAUGGCACUAGCUAUCCAGAUUAUAGCAGCCCAAGUACACCCCUUCAUCAUCAACAACAGCAGCAGCCGCCUAGCCUGGCUGUGGGCAUGGGCAGAGACAUGCGUUCACAGUAUGAGUCUGCAACCCAGGGCUGGGCACUACAACAAAGAACGCACCCAGCGAUGCGCCCAGGGAACAGCAUGAGUAGAGCCCAGACCAAUCCAAUGGUGAUGAAGCGAAACCAGCUGUAUGGGAUGAACAGCAACCCCUAUUCACAGCAGCAGAGCGGGUCCUAUUCAGGCCAGCCAUACACAUCCCCUCCUCCCCACAGAUACCCAAUGGGAAUGCAGGGCGGGAACCAGGAAGGAAUGGGCGGAAUGCAGUACCCACAACAACAGCAGAUGCCUCCUCAGUAUAGUCAUCAAGGCCUGCAGUCGUACUACAGCCCCCCACAUCAGCCAGCGGUACCGGCACAGCCUGCACACACACAGCAGAAGCUCCCACCCCAGCAGGACCUGUCUGGUUCCAUCGAUGACUUGCCCACAGGAACCGAAGCUGCUCUGAGCUCUGCUGUCAGUACCUCGGGCUCCACAAGCAGUCAGGGGGAGCAGAGCAACCCGGCGCAGUCUCCCUUCUCUCCCCAUGCCUCCCCUCACCUCUCCAGCAUGCGCAGCGGGCCCUCCCCCUCGCCCGUGGGCUCUCCCGUCGGGAGCAACCAGUCCAGGUCUGGUCCCAUCUCCCCUGCGAGUAUUCCAGGCAGCCAGAUGGCCCCUCAGACUCUGGGUCUCCAGUCUGAACCCGGAUCACACCCUACAAUCAACCAGACCCCAAUGUCUCAGGAGAGAGGUUAUCUGCCUGGCAUGCAGCGGAACCCUCCGAUGUCCCAGCAUGCAACUCACCGGUCUGGACCCUCCAUGUCCCCACACCCUUCACCUGGAGGCCAGGUGCAUGCUGGGAUGUGUCAAAUGUCCCAGCAUGCAACUCAGCAGUCUGGACCCUCCAUAUCCCCACAACCUUCGCCUGGGAUGGGUGCCUACCAGCAGGGCGGCUCCAGCGGCACUUAUGGGCCUCAGGGUGGACACUAUGGACCUCAAGGUAACUAUCCAAGGCUGCCAAAUUAUGGAGGGGCGCCAAGUGCCAACUACAGUGGAGGAGGUCCUGGCAUGAGCAACAGCUUGGGUAUGAAUGCCAGCAGCCCGAUGCACGGGCAGGGUCCUGGGCAGCCCUGUGGCUCCAUGCCCCUGGGCCGGGGGCCAGCCUCAGGAAUGGCCAGCAGACCGUACCCUGGAAGCAUGAGCAACAUGGCUCCCAACUCUCCCAGCAUGCCUCAGCAGACUGUCCAGGGGAUGGGCCCCCCUCUGCCCUCCAUCAACCGCAAGGCUCAGGAGGCUGCUGCUGCCGUCAUUCAAGCAGCUGCCGGCUCCGCCCACAGCAGGCUGGCAUACGUUAAGUCACCUGUCUACCCCAGCCAGGCUGGGUCCGGGGGACAGGGCAUGUUCAUGCAGCAACACCCAAACUACGUCAACAGUCAAGCUCCCAUCAUGCAUCAGCCAGACCAGUACAGGCAAAGCAGCUACCCCAGUAUGAAUCAAAGUGGUAUGAUGGGCUCAAACUCCCCCUACAGCCAGCCCAUGAACAACAACUCGGGGGCGAUGAACCCACAAGGCCCUGCCUACGACAUGGGCAGCAGCUCUGCAGGUCUCAUGGAUCUGGCAGGGGACAUGAUGAAUGCUGCUGACCCAAAGCUGCCCCGGAAACCAGAGAGCAAUGAGGACAGCAUCCCUCCACCAGAGACCAAGACCAGGGUAUCUUCUCUUCAGCAUGUGGACAGCAUCCCUCCACCAGAGACCAAGACCAGGGUAUCUUCUCUUCAGCAUGUGGACAGCAUCCCUCCACCAGAGACCAAGACCAAGGAUAGCCCCAGCUCUCACAGUAUUUCUCAGCCCCCUACCCCAGGCAGCCUGCCAGUCCCUUCCCCCCUGUCCCCCUGCACCGCUAGCAUCUCCUCAUUUCAUGGAGAUGAAAGUGAUUGCAUUAGCAGCCCGGGCUGGCCAAAGACUCCAGCAAGCCCUAAGUCCAUCUCUUCCACCACCACUAACGAGAAGAUCAGCAAGCUGUACGAGAUGGGCAGCGAGCCCGAGCGCGGGGUGUGGGUGGAGCGCUACCUGGGUUUCAUGGAGGAGAGGGGGACGGCCGUCCUUAACCUGCCAGCUGUGGGGAAGAAGCCCCUGGACCUCUGCCGACUCUACAUGGCGGUUAAGGAAAUCGGUGGCCUGGCCCAGGUUAAUAAAAGUAAGAAAUGGCGAGAGCUCUCCAGCAUCCUCAACAUGGGCACCUCGAGCAGCGCUGCCAGCUCCCUGAAGAAGCACUACAUCCAAUACCUGUUUGCCUUUGAAUGUAAAGUGGAGCGCGGAGAGGAGCCGCCACCCGGAAUCUUUGCUGUGGGAGACAACAAGAAGCAAGCCAGGAUCCAGCCUCCAUCUCCUGCCAAUUCAGGCUCCUUCCAAGGCCCCCAGACUCCACAGUCAACUGGCAGCAGCUCCAUGACUGAAGCUCCAGAAGACCUCCAGCCUCCAGCCCCAGUCUCUGUAGCACAUGGGCAGAUGCCACCCCUGCAGGGUAACAGAAGCAGUGCGGUCAGCGUGCAGGACCCCUUUUCAGAGGUCAGUGACCCCGCAUUCCAGAAGCACAACACUCCGUACCAGCAGGGGAUGACCACGCCUGAGGGGGUGAUGAGGAUGCACUUUGAAUCCAAUAAGGGUCCUCUUGGUGGGGUGAGAAAAGUGCCUGGAAGCAGUGAGCCCUUCAUGAGUCCAGCACAGCUGUCCAGCAGCGGGAUGCAGGACAUGUACAGCCGGCCUCCCUCAGCCGGGAUGUCCAGUCUGGGGAUGGGGCAGCGGCAGCAGUACUCCUAUGGGCUGGGGUAUGACAGGAGACCAGAUCACGGGAUGAGCCCAGAAGGUAGUCUGGGGCCCCCUGGUGGUCAGAGUAACAUGGUGCCUUCAAACAGUGACCCCAGCAUGUACUCUCCACACCGAUACCUUGGACAGCAGAGACAUGACCCCUAUGGGCAGCAGUACUCAGGACAGGGUCCCCCCUCCUCACAGCCUCCAUAUGGGUCACAUCAUCCUGCCAUGUUCCCUCAGCAACAGGGCUACAAGCGUCCCAUGGAGGGCAUGUAUGGCCCCCCAGCCAAGCGCCAUGAAGGGGAAGUCUACAGCAUGCAGUAUGGCAGCCAGCACCCCGACAUGUACAGCCAGUAUGGCAGCAGCUUCUCUGGGCCCGAGCGGCGGCCCAUUCAGGGACAGUAUCCCUACCCUUACAGCCGGGACAGGCUGCAGAUAGCUGGGCAACCGAUCCCACAGCAGCACGGUAUGCUGAGCAGCCCCCUCCAGCACACCUCCAACACUGGCACGGGCCCCCAGCAAAACACGUGGCCCUCCAGGACUGAUCUGCCAUAUCCCUACCCCAACAGACAAGGACCCGGGGGAUCCUCCCAGGGACCUGUCUACCCUGGUGUGGGCAGGGAGGAUGACAGCAUGGUCCCUGACCAGAGGCUAAACCCAGAGAGCCAAUGGCCAAGUCACGUCAACCAGAGACAAUCCCCCUACCUGCCCCCUUCCUCCGGCUCUCUGCCCUCCAUGACCUCACGACCCCCCCAGCCCUCCUAUCAGACUCCUCCCUCUAUGCAAAACCAUAUCUCCCGGGUGCCCAGCCCUGCCUCCUUCCAGUGCUCCCUGGAGUCCCACAUGUCCCCCAGCAAGUCGCCCUUUCUGCCAGCCAUGAAGAUGCAGAAGUUGGGCCACCCCGCCCCCGCGUCCCAUGUCAGCGGCCCCGCGGCUCAGCCACCAAUCGGCAGGAGUGAGAUGGGCUUUCCCCCCGGCUCUGCGGAGGCGACUCAGCCUGUCCUGAAGCCACGGCGCAGGAUCACCUCCAAGGACACGGCAACCCCAGAGGCAUGGCGUGUGAUGAUGUCUCUAAAAUCCGGUCUCCUGGCUGAAAGCACAUGGGCUCUGGAUACAAUUAACAUCCUUCUGUACGAUGACAGCACGAUCGCCUCAUUUAACCUCCUGCAGUUACCUGGAUUCUUAGAACUCGUAGUUGAGUACUUCAGAAAAUGCCUCAUUGAAAUAUUCGGCAUCCUAAAGGAAUAUGAAAUUGGUGCUCCAAGCCAGAAGGCUCUUCUUGAACCGGUUUCCAUUAAAAAGGAGAACAUUCAGUCCGAAGAGAGUGAUUGCAGGACAGAGGAGGAUAAAGCAAACUGCAAGGAGGAGCAGACUCGGGAACCAGAUGAGCCUGAGAGAUCUGAGGCAGAGGCAGAGGAACAGGAAGAGAAGAGGGGGGUCGACACUGGAGAGACCUUGGACAAGCCCGAGGAGAAGCCACAACAAGCCAGCAAGUUCGACAAGCUGCCCCUGGAGCUGGUGGAUGCAGAGGAUGACUUUGUGGUGGAGCGCUCGAAGCAGUUGGGACACGUCCAGGAGUUCAGCAGCGGGCUCCUCCAUUGGAAGAUCGGGGGAGGAGACUCCACAGAACACAUCCAGACCCACUUUGAGAGCAGGAUGGCGGUGGCGAUGAGGGGGAGGCAUGUGGAUUCCUGUGCCAACCCAGGCUCAGAGCACAAGAAAAACGAGCAAGUGGAAAUGGAGGAAGCAGCGUCGGAAGAGCAAGUGGAGAACAGCAUCACGGCAACCAUCGAUGAUGUGCUGAGUGCCCGCCCUGGAGCUCUCACAGAAGGCAAUCUGUUUCCCACCUCCAGACACCCUGACCAGCCGCCCUUACGCAUCUGUCAAGCCAAGAGCCACAGAAACAUCAAGCUCCUGGAAGAUGAGCACAGGACUCAAGAUGAGCUGCCUCUGUCCACCAUCGCCAGCUGGCAAGACUCUCUCACCAAGCGCUGCAUCUGCGUGUCCAACAUUGUGCGCAGCUUGUCCUUUGUGCCGGGAAAUGAUGCCGAGAUGUCAAAACACUCUGGGCUGGUCCUGAUCCUGGGGAAGAUGGUCCUUCUGCACCAUGAGCAUCCCGAGAGGAAGCGAGCCCCCCAGACGUACGAGACCGAAGAGGCGCAGGACAAGGGACUGGCGUGCAGCAAGGACGAGUGGUGGUGGGACUGCCUGGCAGUCCUGCGGGAGAACACCUUGGUCACCUUGGCUAACAUUGCGGGGCACCUGGACCUCUCUCUUUACCCACAGAACAUUUGCCUGCCCAUCCUGGAUGGCCUCCUCCACUGGAUGGUCUGUCCAUCAGCCGAAGCCCAGGACCCUUUCCCCAUGGCAGAGCCGAGCUCAGCCCUCACCCCUCAGAGACUUGCGCUGGAGUCCCUGUGCAAGCUUAGCGUCCAGGACAGCAACGUGGACCUCAUCCUGGCGACCGCGCCCUUCAGCCGGCUGGAGAAGCUGUACGCCACCUUGCUUCGUUUCGUAGGAGACCGCAAGAACCAGGUCUACCGGGAAAUGUCGGUAGCUAUUUUAUCUAACCUUGCCCAGGGGGACACAUUGGCAUCACGGGCCAUAGCUGUGCAGAAAGGAAGCAUUGGGAACUUAUUAAGCUUCCUGGAGGAUGGGGUCACCCUGGCUCAGUACCAACAGAGCCAGCACAACCACCUCCACAUGGAGCCGCCCACCAUCAACAUGAUGUGCAGGGCAGCGAAGGCUCUUCUUGCCAUGGCCAGAGUGGAGGAGAAUCGCUCGGAGUUUGUUUUGUUUGAGGGACGGCUGCUUGACAUUUCCAUAUCCUCUGUGCUGAACUCCACAGUGGCCUGCAUCGUUUGUGACGUACUCUUUCAGAUUGGACACUUAUGACAGCAGUGGGAGGCCAAGCAUGUGUGAGUGGAGACACAAAAACAGGUCACAUAUAAUUGGCUCUAUAUAUAUUUUAUUUAAACAAAUAAUAAUAAUAAUAAUAAUAAUAAUUAUAAUAAUAAUAAUAAUAAUAAAAUUUCUGUACCUCUUUCACUAUUACCAUUCUUUUAAUAUGUGCUGUUCAUAUGUACAAGUACUUUUUUCUUUUUUAUAUUUGUGAGGGUUCCUCAUGGUAUUUCUUUCUAAUGUUUUUAUUUUAGUUUUUAUAAAUGUUCAUACAGGUUUUUUUUAUUUAUUUUUUUAGUUUAACAUACAUGUUUCAAACAAAUCACUGUUCUGAUUGAGACAAGGAAAUAUAUGCACCUCCCAAAUCGCUGUGCAACAGGGAAAUUGAUUAUUGUUGGGCAAUAGACCAAUCUGUGCACCAGGGGGCAGUGUUGCAUUGGCCUAGAAAACCAGAUCUGGAUCUCACGUGGUUUCUUUAAUCAUUUUGCUGUGUUUGUUUGUUUUGUAUUACCUAUGAGCCAUGAUGUGUUUAGAAGUUGUACAUUGAACAUGCCCUUAAUUCUUUUGUUUUGUUAGUAUACAGCAGGGAUGAAAAUAAGAGUGUCAUUGCAUAGCAUUUCGAUCCAUUCCUGGUUUUACUAUGAGUUUAAUAAGACACACCAGAGCUUGCUACCUAUUAUUAUUAUUAUUAUUUAUUUCUUAGCAGACGCCCUUAUCCAGGGCGACUUACAAUUGUUACAAGAUAUCACAUUAUUUUUACAUGCAAUUACCCGUUGAUACAGUUGGGUUUUUUUACUGGAGCAAUCUAGGUAAAGUACCUUGCUCAAGGGUACAGCAGCAGUGUCCCCCACUGGGGAUUGAACCCACGACCCUCCGGUCAAGAGUCCAGAGCCCUAACCACUACUCCACACUGCUACCUAUACACUGGGGCUAAUCAAGCACAUGUUAAAACCUGGGAUGGGUGAAACUGCUAUGCAAUAGGAGCCUCAUUUCCAUCUCCGACACAGUGUGGCUCACUCCCACAGCCCCACCCUCCAAAGCUGUGAUAACUACAAAGUGAUGGCAGUUGUUAUUAUUCUAUUAAUUUAUUAUUAUAUUAUUAUUAUAUUAUUUUGUUAUUAUAUUAGUAUUAUAAAUAUGUUGUUAUUCGGGUCAUUUCUCCUACCGAGGGUCUUGUAUGUAAGAAGUCAAGCUCAGUUGAUCAAGGUGUGGGAGUGAUUAUUUACAAGCGGUUAUUAAAUAAAAUGAAGAUCGUGGCUCUCAAAGAUCAGCAUAUUUCUACUUCAGAUAACGUAGUUAAAAAAAUACAGACUUGAUGUAAAUCCUGUGGCUUAAGGAAAAUCAUUUAUUCAGUAUACAGUUUAUACUGUCUGUUCCACAUGUUCAAAGUAAAUGUACAUUAAAUCUUGUUACACACCUGGAUGGGUGUUCUUGAA